AUGUUCAGAACAAAGGGCAGCACCACGCCGCUUGUGCGCACCUCUCGGUGGUCUCAAAACGACACUCCUCCUGAGGAGGCAGGCUUCUACAAUGAAGUACGGCAGAUGUCAGGAAGGUUAGAAGAAGUCCCGCUCAGCCAGGAUGAACGAAUCUGGAUACGAGUGCCUGUUUCAACCUUCAUGUUUCUCAUCUACAACCCCAUGUCAUUGCUUUUCCGACCUUUUCGACCGAUAUUUACAACCCCUCAUGGUCUUGUAGGACUUCUUAUUGUCUUUCUACUCGUCGUUAUUCCUCUUUUUGUUACUUCGGGGUGUCUUGCUAGCAUCACCAAGCCAUAUCCACACAACCAUUCAAAAUAA